GGACGGGCACGGAACGGGCUUUUCCUCUUUCCUGCAGCGUGAUUGGUCCCUGGCUCAGGGAAGUGGCCAAUGACUGCGCUUGGAGAGAGCGGCGAGGCCAACAUGGCUUCCUGCACCUGGUGACGGUCGGAGAAACCGAGUUAGGUCUCAUGGAGAAGCCCCGGGGUAUUGAGGAGACCCCAUCCUCAGAACCAAUGGAGGAAGAAGAGGAAGAUGAUGACUUAGAGCUGUUUGGUGGCUAUGAUAGUUUCCGGAGUUAUAACAGCAGUGUGGGCAGUGAGAGCAGCUCCUAUCUGGAGGAGUCAAGUGAAGCAGAAAAUGAAGAUCGGGAAGCAGGGGAGCUGCCCACCUCCCCGCUGCAUUUGCUCAGCCCCGGAACACCUCGCUCCUUGGAUGGCAGUGGUUCUGAGCCAGCUGUCUGUGAAAUGUGUGGUAUCGUGGGCACAAGGGAUGCCUUCUUCUCCAAGACCAAGAGGUUUUGCAGUGUCUCCUGCUCCAGGAGCUACUCCUCCAACUCCAAGAAAGCCAGUAUCUUGGCUAGAUUACAGGGAAAGCCACCUACCAAGAAAGCCAAAGUCCUGCACAAGGCAGCUUGGUCUGCUAAAAUUGGAGCCUUCCUCCACUCCCAAGGGACAGGACAGCUAGCAGAUGGGACACCAACAGGGCAAGAUGCGCUGGUCUUGGGUUUUGACUGGGGGAAGUUCCUGAAGGAUCACAGUUACAAGGCUGCUCCUGUCAGCUGUUUUAAACACGUCCCACUUUAUGACCAGUGGGAAGAUGUGAUGAAGGGGAUGAAGGUGGAGGUUCUCAACAGUGAUGCUGUGCUCCCCAGCCGGGUGUACUGGAUCGCCUCUGUCAUCCAGACAGCAGGGUAUCGUGUGCUGCUCCGGUAUGAAGGCUUUGAAAAUGAUGCCAGCCAUGACUUCUGGUGUAACCUGGGAACCGUGGAUGUCCACCCCAUUGGCUGGUGUGCCAUCAACAGCAAGAUCCUAGUGCCACCUCGGACCAUCCAUGCCAAGUUCACCGACUGGAAGGGCUACCUCAUGAAACGGCUGGUGGGCUCCAGGACUCUUCCCGUGGAUUUCCAUAUCAAGAUGGUGGAAAGCAUGAAGUACCCCUUUCGGCAAGGCAUGCGGCUAGAGGUGGUGGACAAGUCCCAAGUGUCACGAACCCGCAUGGCUGUGGUGGACACAGUCAUUGGGGGUCGACUACGGCUCCUCUACGAGGAUGGUGACAGUGAUGAUGACUUUUGGUGCCACAUGUGGAGCCCCCUGAUCCACCCAGUGGGUUGGUCACGGCGUGUUGGCCACGGCAUCAAGAUGUCAGAGAGACGAAGUGACAUGGCUCAUCAUCCCACCUUCCGGAAAAUCUACUGUGAUGCCGUUCCUUACCUAUUCAAGAAGGUACGAGCUGUCUAUACAGAAGGCGGUUGGUUUGAGGAGGGGAUGAAGCUGGAGGCCAUUGACCCUUUGAACCUGGGUAACAUCUGCGUAGCAACCAUCUGCAAGGUUCUCCUGGACGGCUACCUGAUGAUCUGUGUGGAUGGGGGGCCCUCCACAGAUGGCUCUGACUGGUUCUGCUACCACGCCUCCUCCCACGCCAUCUUCCCAGCUACUUUCUGCCAGAAGAAUGACACUGAGCUCACACCCCCAAAAGGGUAUGAGACACAGACUUUCAACUGGGAGACCUACUUGGAGAAGACCAAGUCGAAAGCUGCUCCAUCAAGACUCUUUAAUAUGGACUGCCCCAACCACGGCUUCAAGGUGGGCAUGAAGCUAGAGGCUGUGGACCUGAUGGAGCCCCGGCUCAUCUGCGUGGCCACAGUGAAACGGGUGGUGCAUCGGCUCCUCAGCAUCCACUUUGAUGGCUGGGACAGCGAAUAUGACCAGUGGGUGGACUGCGAGUCCCCAGACAUCUACCCCGUUGGCUGGUGUGAGCUAACUGGCUACCAGCUCCAGCCGCCUGUGGCCGCAGAACCAGCCACACCUCUGAAGGCCAAAGAGGCCACAAAGAAAAAAAAGAAACAGUUUGGGAAGAAAAGGAAAAGAGUCCCGCCGACCAAGACACGGACCCUCAGACAGGGCUCCAAGAAGCCCCUGCUGGAGGAUGACCUGCAGGUUGCGGCGAAGACCUCAUCGGAGCCUGUUCCUGAUGAGAUCAUUGCCGUGCGUGUGAAGGAAGAGCAUCUGGACAUGGCCUCGCCAGCUAAGUCUUCGAGUCCAGAGCUGCCCGUCCCCGUUGAGAACAUCAAGCAGGAGACAGAUGACUGAGCCUUCCUGCCGCCAGCCUAGCCCCUAGCUGGAAACCAGUCCAGGGCUAUUAAGGAGAGUGCAGAUCCUGGGCUUCUCUAUCACCACCACGUUCUACCUUACUUUAGUUGGAGGCUGAUUCUCUGUGUGUAAAUCCUGCCUGGUACUGUGAAGACUGGGUACUGGAGGACCCACCUUGAGUUUCCUGUGCCCUCCUCUGGCAAGGCCUACAUGACUGGGGCUGCCGGAGACCCCAAACUGUUCUGUGAACGACUCCCUGUACAGCCAGCAUUGCCGAAGCUGAAACACCAACUGCUCAUGCUGCUUCCCCUUAUAGAAGCCUCCACCAAACCCUCUGUUGCCAGGGGUGGGGCUAUCUGGGUCACACUGGAGGGCAGACAGAACUGUGUGUGUCUGCUCAAGCGAGUCAUGUAAAUAAAGUUCUGGAGCAGCUCUGAGCAGGAUAAGG